AACAAAAAAAUUCAAUUACUAAUUAAGCAUAUACAUAUACAUACUUAUAAUUAAAAGAAAUACUAUAAAUACAAAAUUAAUAUAGCAAAAAUAUUUAAAUCUAUCAAAACCACAAAAACAUUGUGGCUAUUCAAACAAUUUUCUACUUUUACUAAUUAAACAAAAACAUACAAACUUCAAAUCCCUUUUGAAGAAAAACCGUUAAGCAAAUUAAAGUGUCUUCGACAAAAACAUACCCCGUUAUUCAUGUGAAAUCAUACAAUUAUUUAUAUAAAACGGCAGAGGCAGCUUUAGAGAAGAACGAAGAUCCCAAACAGCAAACAACCAAAGUCUACUGCAACUUUUCUCUAAAUCAAACAACCUAACAACAUGUCUACUUGUUAUGCGAGAUAUUAGUAAAACGUUUACUAAAACCAAAUGCCAUGGAUAUGAAGAAAAUAUCAAAACCACGGUAAGACCUUGGACUCAAUAUUUUGUUUCUCAGUUAUAAAACUCUUUAACAAAAUAAAUUACUGUUUAACACCAAUAUUUGUUAUAAAUCGUAAACCAAACAAAAAAAAAAUAAAUUUUUUUUUAAUUUUCGCACUUUUUCACUAUUUUAUUAUCAAAACAAACAAUAAUAUAAGCAAUAAAAAUAAUGAAAGCAACAAAUAAUAUAACAAAAAUAAAUGUUGAUAUCAAAAAAAAGACAUACGAAGAAAUUCCAAUGAUAUUGUAGUUUUAAAGUAAAUAUUUAAAAAUAUUAAUGAUACAAAUCAAUUUUAAUCAUAUAAAAAACAAUGAUAAUAAAUUCAAAAAUUCACUUUAAAUAUCUGGAAAUGAAAUUUUCUUAUAAAUGCUGUAAUCAUUAUAAAAAUAAUAAAUUAUUGCACUUUUUCUAUCUACAACGAAAAAAUGAUAAAGUUUAAAAAAUAUCCAGUCGAAAGAACGCAUGUAAACAUUUUAAACUUUCCAAUAAAUCUUCUUUUUACCUUUUACUGGAUCAAAUCAUAAGUUUGCGAUUUUUUUUUGUUCCGCUUCUAUGUCUGACAAUUGUUUUGCACCAAAAACAAUAUUAACUCUACAAACACAACUCUAUUAAUAAUAAUAAUAAUAAUAACAACAAUAUUAUUAAUAAAAACAACUGCGUCUCUUUGUAUAUCCCAACUACAAAGAUAAAGUUUUUAUAGAUUUUAUUUUGCAACAUGGAUGACUAUGAAUAUGAGAGGAAACAAAGAAGAGAACGUGAAAAAUCUGAAAGGCAACAAGUUCAAACAUCGUCAUCAAAUCGGGAGGUAGCACUAUUUUCUGAACCUCGUCGUGUAAAUCCAUCCGAAGAUGAUGAUAAAAUUUCAGCAAAAUUGGGUGACUAUUCCAAGGCUAGGGAUUUUAUUAAUCUAUAUACAGUGGGCAUAUCGAAUUCUGGCCAUAGACAUAUGCCUAAUGCAGUUUUACCAGGUAUAGUGCCAACGAGUUCUCCGCUACCAAAUGUUACUGCUGGUGUGGCAACAUCGGCGUCUUCAACUGGUUCCUCCUCAUCAUCAACAUCGCAGCGUUUGCUUCCACCUCCGCCACCGCAAACUCAACCACAAUCACAGCAGCCGCCACAUCACUAUCAACAGCAACAGCAACAAUUACGACAAACGCCUUAUGUUAAACAGGCUGAUAAUAAACCGCCUUAUAAUGGUCGAGGAGGAUAUCCAGGUCAACCAGUAAAUCGUUUAAGUAGUGGAAUGGCACCGCCUAAGGGACCUCCAUCCGGCUCAUUACUGCCACCCGCCACAACACAUAUGCCAAAUGGGCGCCAAGCAUCGUCGUCGGCCUCUUCUGUUGAAAAAUCAUAUCUAGGACCACCUACAGCAUCUUCCUCUUCGUCAUCGGCGACCCAUAAUGGUCGCUUUUCACAACCAUCAAUACCAAAACAACGCCAAAAACCAUUACCACCAGAGAACGACAUCAAAGAAAUAAUUAAUCAUGUUACCAAUACAUUUUGUCCACCAAAGAUGUUAACUGGCAUUGAUGCAACACCGCACAACACUUUAAUGGAGAAUUAUAAUCUCAGCGAUAAGAAUAAACACAAGUAUUCCUUUGAUAUUUCAGCCAAAACAAGUAUCGUGGAACCUUUGGAUUCUCCGCCUCGUAUGCAAAUGCCAGCACCUAGAUUUGUGCCUCCUUUAUCAGCUACAUCAGUAACAGCAACACAGAUGCCUUCUUCUAAAUCAGUCUCCAAUAACUCCUCCUCCGCCCCCACCUCAUCCUCUUCCACUUAUAUAGCCCCUGCAAUCAACACCACCGCUUCUGUCGGUCAUCUUACAUCAUCUACCUCUUCCUCCUCUGGGCAGUCUUCGUCGGUAAUAAGCAAUGCUGCCAUAACAUCACCUACAGUGCCACAUUCUCCAGUCUUAUCACGAUCGUCGAAAGAGACACUGAUAAAACCAAUGAAAACGGAAAAGCCAACUCCACCGCCAGUAGAGAAACAGAGUUCAACUCUAGAAAAUGAUUUAGAACUCUCUGACUCGGACGAUGAUCGCAAGAAACAGAAUCGUUCCACAGUGAACUCAAGUGACAGUUCACCUUCAGAUUCAAGUGAAUCGGGAAGUGACUCUUCAAGGAGUGAACCACAGCAACCAGCUACAAUACCCGCCCCCCAUCAGCUCAUCAGCCAGCAACAACAAAUGACUGCGGUAUUACCAACCAAAAAGAAAUUAGGACCAGCCUCGUCGGGUUCUAUAGCUGGUAGCGGUAGUAGUUGUAGCUCGGGGUUAGGCUCUUCGGCACCUCCUUCAGGAGGUUCUUCAUCGUCGUCCUCCAAUAAGACACCUUCACCUUCGAAUACUACCAAAUGGCAGCUAAGCAGAUACUUCAAUAAGGCUCCAUUACAUCAAACGCCCACACAAGACGUAGUAUCUCCAACCACUACUUCAAUGGUAAAUUCCGUGAAUUCUAUGAAUGUUGCCAAUCUCAAUAUGACUAUUACACUUCGAGGAGGAGCUCAAAUUAUACCCGAACCGCCCCAGCAUGUGGCGAAUAUUAAAAACGAAUCGAUGAUAGAAGAUGUAGAUGACGAUGAAGAAGAUGUUAACGAGAUCGAAGAUGAAAGCCUACGUAGAAGAAGUAGAGGUUCCAAUAAAAGCGAAACAUUCCCCCAUCCGGCUUUUCCAUCGCGGAAAGCACCAGCUGGUCUCUCAGUAACACCUCUUUCUCCUAUGUUGAGCGAUAUUAAGAAAGAAAUGUCUACGCCUCAUGUAGGUAUGGGAGUCAACCAACAACAAGUGCCCAUUUUAAAUGCCUCCGAAUUUGUAUCGAUACCUUCGUCGCAGAUAAAACACGAGGCGAUGUCCAUAGCUGGAGGUCAUACUACUGUUACUUCAUAUGGCGGCGACGUAAUAGAAGGUUUGUCAAAUCUUUCCUCCGAUUCGAAUACAAGCGAUGACGAACGAUUGCCCGUUAGGGGACCCGGGGGUACACUACAAAUUCCUGGUGUUCCAGCAGCUAUAACAGCUUUGCCUCGCUCCCCACCCAUGGUGCAAAAGACUCAAAUGUUAAACUCUGUUACAAUGAUACGGUUAGAUCCUAUUAAUUCCUCUCCAACUACACAUUUAAGUCGACCACCUCCUCCACAAUCACGAGCUAAAAAACCUAGAAAAAAACUGAAACAACAAACUUGUGCUACGGUAGCAACUGAUACCAGUGAUGAGGAACAAGAGGACUUAACAAAACGUUUAGUUAGUCCGGUAGUUAAUGUCACAACGAGUGGAACUGCAAGUGGAGUUGCGGCUGGUCCAAAAAAAGGUCGAGGAAGACCACGUAAAACUACCCCUAACCAAAGUGGAAACAUAAGUUCUGCAUCUUCAGCCUCGGCUUCUGCCAAAGGACCAACGUUAACCGCCAAAAAGGAUAUCAAUAAAAAACCCGCCUCAACUACGAAUGCAGCCGCAGCAACCGCUCGAAGAAGAGCUUCUAGGCUAAACUCUACAAAUUCUUCUGCUCAAGAUGUUACUUCUACCACACCUACUAAACAAAAGCAGGUGCAAGCACCUGUGGAAUUAAUACAAACAACACAGGUAAAAACGCCGGUUCCCGUUAAGGAACAAAUAGUUACUGCAAACGCAACUAGUGAUGAUUCUUCUUCGUCAAGUGAGUCCUCAACGUGUUCUAUAUCAAAAUCCUCCUCAUCAGCUUCAGAUUCGGAUGUAGAAGAAACAACCAAAAAACCAAUUGUAGUAACUUAUAAUAACUCGUCAUCAUCGGAUGAUGAAGAAACAAAAAAUUGCAAUGCAAGUACUAAGAUGUCGGGCGGUGGAGAACAGAAGCCUGUACCACCCAAACGAAUAGUAAAAAAGCUGAAUACCCGAAAAUCGUCGCUUGAAGAUUUAUCAGCUCCAUUGACAGCCUCCAAUAAGCCUCAUGAUAUGUCAAUGUCCUCUUCGUCUUCAUCGUCAUCAUCUGAAUCAUCUGCAGAAGAUUUCAGCCACCUUCCUAAUGCCUCAAAUUUAAUUGGAGGAUCAUCACAACAGCCUCCUGUAUCUGUUGCUGCUGGUAGUUCUUCUCAACAUUCGGCAAAUCAUCAAUCACCGCAUAAAGCGUCUGGUGUCUUUUUUUCAGAAUCGAGUGGUGAGGAACGUUCGGAUUCAGAUUCAGGAGAGCCUCGAAAAGAAAAGAAAUUUAAACGUGAUAAACCAAAAAGUGAUAAAAAUAAAAUAAAUACGCUGACCCGUAUUUUUAAAUCAUCGAAUGAGGGAGGUGCUAAAAAACAGGGUCAAGUUCUUAUAGUUGACCAAUCUGAAGAUCAACAGCAACAGCAAAUGCACCAACAGCAAAAGCAUAUAUCUCCAGCUUUAAGACUAUCUCAAGAAAAUCUGUCCGCAGUACACAAUUCCUCACAAAAUACUCCAACUGCACAAUCUCCACGUUUAACACCUGGUGGUCAUAUGAGAUCACCACGUUCCUUGAACAUGACACCUCUUGCGUCUCAGGUUUUAGCAGCUGGUGCAAUUGCGUCACAUCGUACACCGGAUCGUAGUACAACGAGUGCCGAAAGGAAAUUGCAACAACGUAUAAAGACACCGACUAGAACGCCAACUCGCACACCACCCACCACAAGGACGCCAACUCCGACACCUGCUGUUGCGGCUGCAGCUGCUUUACACCAUCUAAAUCCAUUUCCCUUGCAAUCAUCGACGAACCCAUCUCAUCUUCAUCAACAACAUUUAGCUCUGCUACAACCUCCGCCGCCUACUUCCUUAAUAUGUAAAAUUGAUCUCUCUAGAUUGUUGAAUGUACCCAUCGAUUGGCAUACAAACACUUAUCGUUUGUAUGGUCAUGCUCCUGGCCAUCAACAAAACCAUUUAACACCUAGCGCUGGACGCACUCCAAAAUAUGAUUAUGAAACAAUACUCAACGCUGACCUGCAAUCUUGCAACAACCAAAUGCGCCUGAAAUCCACCUCAAGUGGCAACUUUAGUGGUGGUGGCAGUGGUAGUGCGACACCUAGAAGUACUGGCAAUCGCACACCCAUACAAAUUGCCUCCACUAUAUCAUCGGCCUCCGAAAGAGAACUAUCUCAUUCAAGAGAAAAUCUCCACGAAUUUGCCAAAGAAAAUGGCAAUUCUGGUCGCUUGAGUAGUCGUUCAACGGAUAGUAGUAUAUGUGGUGGUGGUUCGACUCCUAAGGAACAUUUGCUUCCACCCAAUGGUUAUAGUUCAGCCGCAUCAAUGAUAAGAGGUUAUAAUUCCCCCAAUGCUUCAAUUGGUGGUGUAAAGCUGUUGACCGGUGUUAAACAUGAACAAAUUAUAAAACAUGAACCUGAUUCGGAAUAUUCCUGCAAUGAAACUAAAUUUAAAAGUGACUCUUCUACAGAUCCUGCUCUCAUAAAGCAAGAACUCUUUAUACUCAAGCAAGAUUAUAAACCCAGUGAUUUGUCAGAAAAAUCAUCACUAUGCUCACCUAACGACUUACCUUUGGAUCCCAAACCUCGGCGCAAACGCAGCACCAGCUCUAGUUCCAGUCCUUAUAAAGAAAAAAAGCGGAAAAAGGAAAAAGAUUCAAGUACGACUGUUUCAAUAGAAAAAGAUAAAAUUAUUAUCGGUAGUGAUGAUAUUGUUAAAGAAAAGGAAAUUGUGAAUGAUUCUUUAAAGUCCGCAAAGGAAUCCACUACGAUGGAUGAUUGUUUAACAAGUCCAAAUGAACAGCAACAAACACAGAAGGAUCAAUCGAUUUUGGAUCAACAAUUUCCGCCUACAAAUCAUGAUCGGUUAUUAAUGGAGAAUAAACUUCAACAACAGCAAAGCACGGAUAAAUCAAAUAGUCUUAAUAACAACAACAACAGCAACAAAGUAACAAAUAAUGUCUCAAACACUGCCAGUCCUGCGCAUUUACAAAUUACAAACAACCAUUCAACCACAGUCGCCUCAACCAAUAUGCCGCCACCAGCCAAUGUAGGACUGAUACCAACUGUUACACAAACUCCUCCACAAGGAGUUGCAUGCACAAAGAACGAUCAUGUCUCAGGGCCUGCAACAUCUAUGCCUUCAGUAGCUUCGUCAUCAUCGUCGCCCGCAGCAUUUCCAACAGCAUCAAAUUCAACUGCACCAACAACAACAGUGGAAGCGGUGGCAGGAUCAGCUUCAACCACUCAACCUCAAGUUAUCUACCGUUCCUAUUUCGAACGUGAUGAUGACGCUUUGAGUGAUGAAUUCAGGUUUGUUGCGGAAUCAUUUAUUGAAUAUUCGAACUCCUCUACCUACUCCUCCAACAACAACAACACUACCAACUCCUCCGUUACGGCCAAAUUUCAAAAUUUAUUGCAAAUCAAAGAUGGCAAGUUUUUGCAAGAGGCUGUUCAUCGCAAGCAUGCGGCAGAUCGCGAGCAGAACACUUUCAAUCAAGUAACUUUAUAUUUAGAGGCUGUGGUUUACUUUCUUUUGUCUGGCGCUGCCAUGGAACAACAUAGUCGUUCUGAAGAUGCAGCUUGGACUAUGUACAAGGAUACCUUGUCAUUAAUUAAAUUCAUAUCUUCUAAAUUUAGACAUUUACAAGUAUCUUCAGCGAAUCAACAUGAGACUCAUAAUAAGGUUGCUAUACUAAGUCUGCGUUGCCAGUCUUUGAUCUCUUUGAAGUUGUUUAAACUCAAAAGAAACUUUUGUCGCCAGAUCAACACCAUCUGUUCGGAUUUCUUCAAAUCGGGUAAAGGCGAUAUUAUCAAUGGUAAUACGCCUUCAUCAAUUUCGCCUUCAAAUUCGGUAGGUUCACAGGGUUCUGGUUCCAAUACUCCACCCGGUAAAAUAGUGCCUCAAGAUAUACACUCAGCUUUAUGUCAGCAAAACCAAUAUUUCGCUUAUCUAUCCAGUAGUCAUGAAUUAUGGGAUCAAGCCGACCGUUUAGUUAGGCAAGGCAAUCAUACCGAUUUCUUUAUUGCUUUAGAUCAUGAGAAUGGUCCAUUGACUUUGCACAGCAAUGUUUAUGAAGUCUUUCGUUAUGUCCAGGCUGGUUUGAAAAAAUUGAAAGAUGAAAUGCUUAUACAAUAAUAAAAAACGUUUGCAAAUAUUUCUUGCAAGUUUUUACAAAAUCUAAACAAAAAAUAUAAUUUUUUUUAUGUACACAAAGAAACACGAAUUAACAUCACUACUCAACUUAUUAUUGAGUUUUUAAACUAUUAUUUAAUAAACCAAACAAUAAGUAAAUAAAUAUAUAAACAGAAAAUGUUUAAUGUUUAUUUUAUUUUUUAGAAUAUCUAAAAAUAAAACUCAGUGCUUUUUGUUAAUGUUAAACAAAAAAGAAAAAUAAAUUUUCUUGAUAAGUCAUUAUUAUUGUUACAACAUAUAAUUAAAUACAUACAUACACUGCAAGAAACUUAUCUUCAAUAAAAUUAAAGAGUUAUUUAUGUAAUUUCAUUGAAAACAAUUUUAGUGCAUACACAUUUCAAACUUUAAUUAUGCUAAAUAUAAUGUUAAAUAUUUCAUUUCAAAAUUAAAAUAAACAAAUCUUAUUUAUAAA